GUUCUUGAGCUAGGACCUUAGGACUACUGAAUAGACAGAGGGGACAAUGGGCUAUUGCUGCGUUGUCAUAUCAAUAAUAUUUAUUAUUACAUGAAAAUGAAGGAAAUUUUAUUGCAAUUUUGAUGUAGGUAUUAAUGAAUAUUAUUGAUAUGACAAUGCAGCAAUAGCCCAUUGUCCCCUCUGUCUAUUCAGUAGCCGUAGCUCAAGAACCAUGCAACGGACUAUACAUAGGUAAGUACAUUGAAAAACUUUAUUUAACAGCAAUAAAUAGGUAUACCCAAACAAUCCUGUCCCCUGUUCCACCAUUCCCACCCAAAUCGCUUAACUUUUUCAGUCGUUCAGACAGAAAAUGCAUUAAUUCGAAGUGAUUCAAAUCAAAAGAACAACGCCCAUCAUUAAUUUUAAAUUAAAGGCGUUGUCUACUAGAGAAGUUCCUAUAUACAUCAAUUUGGAAAUUUUCCAAAGGGUCAGACGAAAUUAGUUUUCGUGGUUCGCCCUGUACAAAAAUAUAAACACAGCACAGCUGAUUAAAUUCCUUAGGGCGCCUAUUCCCAACCGCGUAAGAUAAAGGCCCAAACCCAUUCAUUAAACGCCUCGUUUGUCGAUGAAUACGGUCCCAGUGGUGGGAGUUCCCAAAGCAAAGCAAAAGUAGGGCCUGGCAGGGGAAACGUCACGUCACAGCUGGUUUUGACGAGGGCAGCAGCCACAGUACGAAUUCCUUUCUGGUCCUCUCAGCUGUUUAGUGUUUUGAUUUAAAUUCUCAGAAAAAUGUCUACAGAGCAAGAGGCAGCCACAUCGAGUGGCCAGGAAGAGGCGCUGGCGAUGGACAUUCCAGCGCCGUUGGAAUGUAAGGAAGAAUUCGCCGAACCCGAUGCGAAAAAACGAAAACUAUCCACCACAAAGGCCAGCAGCAACGAUGACAAAAAAAACAAAUUGGAAGAUCGACUGGGUGGUAUUCUUUGCUGCGCAGUUUGUUUGGAUUUGCCAAGGGCGGCAGUUUAUCAGUGUACAAACGGCCAUCUGAUGUGUGCCGGAUGUUUCACGCACGUGCUGGCAGACGCGAGGUUGCGCGACGAGAUGGCAACUUGUCCCAGUUGUCGCGUCGAAAUCUCCAAAACUUCUGCCACGCGUAACUUGGCCGUCGAAAAUGCUGUCAGCGAACUGCCCAGCGAUUGUCAGUACUGUUGCAAACAGUAUCCGAGAAACACGUUGGAGAGACACGAGGAAUCUGAGUGCGAAGAAAGAAUUUCUGGAUGUAAAUUCAGUCGCAUCGGUUGCCCGUGGAGAGGUCCAGAACACGAACGUCAAGUGCAUGAAAAUGAGUGCACUCAUCCUCAUCGCUCCGGAGCCGAAGUUAUGGACUCGCUUCUGGCUAUGGACCAACAAUUGGCAGAAGAAAGGAAACUAUACGAAAACGUGUUUGAUUUGUUGGGUUACGAAAAAAUCACUUUCAAUGAAAUCCAGUUGAAACCUUAUCGUACAGACGAAUUUGUUCACAGACUCUUCUACGAGUCUUCUAGAUUUUCAGCUUUCAACAACCAGUGGGUGGUCAAAGCCCGAAUAAAUAAUUCCCAAAAAGAUCCCACUCAAAGCUCCGAACGUGACGUGGCGUACCAAUUGAUACUCAAAUCAAAAUCUCCGACUCCACUCAGCUUGCAUUUCAUAGUGUUGAGGGGACCAGUGGGCGACAUUAAAGUCAAGCCAAGAAUCUACGAGUUUGAAUUUACAGAACAACGUAAUGAGAGUUAUUACAUGCAUUUGCCGUUGCCUGAUACUGCCGAGUGCAACAGAUUGUUGGCUGCCAAGACAAUUAAUUUCAGGUUGAUAAUGUUCUUAGCCUCAAAAUAAGAUCGACUAUGAAUCCAUUGUUGACUUUUGGCACUUCUAACUACUGUUAAUCUUCUCCAUUCUGUAUAAAGUCUCUCGUGCUAUAACAUUAAAAUUGAAUCCCGUGGAUUUAUUUAAUGAUUAUUUAACCAUAAGGAUAAAUUAUUAUGUUUUAAGCAAGGAUCUCAACUUAUAUUUAGGUGUUUUUUUUUCUGGAAAUUUUUUGAUUUCAAAAUCAAUUGAAUUGAAAUUAAUUUUUUUAUGUGAUCUUUGUGUACUAUGAAGGGUUUAGGCUCUAAAUUAAACUCACAAAUGCAAAGACAAGUCUAACGCGGCACAUACAGUAACAAACAUUCAACGAUGCAAUAUGUUUGGACUCCAGGAAUCGUCGAAACUUGCCUCAACCUUCACCACUCUGCAGCAACUGAUGGCCAAUUUUUUGGAUCUUGCUCUAUGAAAAUUAUUUGAUGAUAGCUGUAUGUUUUAAUGCGUAGAGGUUAAUUUUUAGCAUAACUUUCAAUUUAUCCGAUUUAUGUUAAAAACUGAGGAUUAUUUGACUUUUUGUUUGAACCACAAAUAUGCAAUUUCAAUGCUACUGCUAAUUUUCAAAUUCACCUUGUUGAUAUUGGUAUGUGUAUACAUACCUUUAUUAUAUCUUUUUUUUUGCAAUAUUCUGCAUCCUUUUAUCUGCGUACCUUGAUAAUUUUAGAUAUUAUA